AUGACCUCCUGCAGCCGGCAGUUCUCCUCCUCCAGCUCCAUGAAGGGCUCCUGUGGCAUCGGUGGUGGCUCUAGCCGCAUCUCCUCCAUCCUAGCUGGAGGAUCCUGCCGGGCUCCCAGCACCUAUGGGGGCAUGUCGGUUUCCUCCUCUCGCUUCUCCUCUGGGGGAGCCUGUGGGAUCGGAGGUGGCUAUGGUGGUGUCUUCAGCAGCAGCAAUUUUGUUGGAGGAGUUGGUGGUGGAUUUGGUGGUGGACUUGGUUGUGAAUUUGGUGGUGGAUUGGGUGGUGGAUUUGGUGGAGGACUUGGUGGAUUUGCUGGUGGCCUUGGUGAUGACCUCCUGGUGGGCAGUGAGAAAGUGACCAUGCAGAACCUCAAUGACCGCUUGGCCACUUACAUGGACAAUGUGCAUGCCCUGGAAGAGGCCAACAGAGACCUGGAGGUGAAGAUCCGUGACUGGUACCAGAGGCAGCGGCCCUCGGAGAUCAAAGACUACACCCCCUACUUCAAGACCAUCGAGGACCUGAAGAGCAAGAUUGUUGCUGGCACACAGGAGAAUGCACAGACCAGUCUGCAGAUCGACAAUGCCAGGCUGACAGCUGAUGAGUUCAGGCUCAAGUUUGAUAAUGAGUUGUUCCUGCGGCAGUCCGUGGAGUCAGAUAUCCAAAACUUGAGCAAGGUGCUCGAUGACCUGGGCCUGUCCAGAGAUGACCUGGAGAUGGUGAUUCAGAACCUCAUGGAGGACCUGGCCUCCCUUACAAGGAACCACGAGGAGGAGAUGAUUGCCUUGAGGGGCCAGACUGGUGGGGACAUCAACGUGGAGAUGGAUGCGGCCCCUGGUGUGGACCUGAGUCGCAUUCUGAAUGAGAUGAGGGACCAGUAUGAGCAGAUGGCAGAGAAGAACCGCAGAGAUGUGGAGGCUUGGUUCCUGAGCAAGACUGAGGAGCUGAACAAAGAGGUGGCUUCUAACAGUGAGCUAUUACAGAGUGGCCGCAGCGAGGUGUCUGAGCUCCGCAGGGUGUUCCAGGGCCUGGAGAUUGAACUGCAGUCCCAGCUCAGCAUGAAAGCAACCUUGGAGAACAGCCUAGAAGAGACCAAAGGCAGAUACUGCAUGCAGCUGUCCCAGAUCCAGGGUUUGAUCAGCAGCGUGGAGGAGCAGCUGGCUCAGCUGCGCUGUGAGAUGGAGCAGCAGAGCCAGGAGUACAACAUCUUGUUGGAUGUGAAGACAAGGCUGGAGCAGGAGAUUGCCACCUACCGCAGUCUGCUGGACAGCGAGGGUUUCCAAAGCUCCUCCUCACAUCACUCCUCUGGGCAGUCCUCUUCUUCUGGAGAAGUCUUCUCCUCAUCCUCCCACCAGCCCAGGUCCAUCCUGAAGGAGCAAGGCUCAAGCAGCUUCAGCCAGAGCCAAAGUGAGAGUUCCAGGAACUAA